AUGUAUCGGGGCUCCUUCGCACCGCCACCUGCGCAGUCGCCGCCUCUGCACCACCCCGUCCCGCAACACGUCUCGACCGUACCCAUGAUGCGCUCACCACCCCCUCCCUCUGCACAACAGACACCGAAUGCUGGAUAUGGAGGCGGAAGCGCAGCAGGAGGAAACCCAUACCAGCCGUCGCCAGCCCAAGGAAGCGGAGCGAGUUAUGGCCCUGGGUUUGGCCAGUUUAUGACCGAUCCAACUGCGCAGAUGGGAUUCCAGGUCGGCCGGACUGCAAUGGCCGCAGGACAGGAGUACAUGGAGCAGAAUUUCAAUCGUUAUGUGUCCAUUCCUGCCCUGAAGCAUUACUUUAACGUUUCCAAUUCCUAUGUCUUGAAGAAGCUGGCCCUCGUUCUCUUCCCAUGGCGACACAAGCCAUGGUCUCGCCAGCAAGCCCGCAAUCAAACCGGCCCGAACGGCCAAAUGACACAGCAAUAUUCAUCCAUAUUCCUGCCUCCUCGCGAUGACCUCAACUCGCCAGAUAUGUACAUCCCCGUUAUGGCUAUGGUGACAUAUAUUCUGUUGUCAGUGCUGCUCUCGGCUAUUGCUGUGGUCAUCUUCGAGAUUGUUUGCUUGAAGAUAGCUAUGUACAUGCUUAGCAUCAACAAUGACUCCCAGCUUCUGGAUCUCGUGGCAUACUCAGGGUACAAUGGCUGCGGAGAUCCUGACCCCCGGUCGGGAACAGGAGGCUGGGUUGGCUGGGUCACUUUCGUCUACACCUACUUGGCCAAUGGCUUCUUCUUGCUCCGCUCUCUCAAAUAUGUCCUGCUCCCCGACAGCAACGACUCCAACAUGAACGCCGCAAGCAUGCAGAUUGUUGGCCGCCCUCAACGCUCUAAGCGCACACAAUUUUUGUUUGCCUAUUCCUACCUCGUCCAGCUCCUGUUCAUGUGGCUGCUCAGCCGAGAGGGGCCUUCGGCGGCGGCCUCACGCGCAAGCUCUUGA